AUGAGAGCCGAGCCUACACCUGCAUGGGACUCUGGGAACAAUACCAUUUGGGAGGAAUACAUUGACAUCAUCUUUGUAGUGGCAAACAGCUUGAUUCUGUCGAUAACUUCUGUUGUGGGAAUUGCGGCAAAUAUUUUUGUGAUCCUGGCAGUUUAUCACCAAAAAUCACUGCAAACUUCAAAUAAUGCACUAGUGGUGAAUCUUGCAAUUAUAGACAUUCUGCGAUGUGUAAUUGACUGCCCCAUUCUCUUAACUAUUGUUAUGGCUGUGCAUCAAAAAGGACAUGUGGACGAGUCGGUAUGUGAUGUACAAGUGGCCUCUUUCUCUUUCAGCUGCUGCAUCCAGCUGUUAACACUGGCAUGCAUAAGCGCAGAGCGAUACCAGGCCAUUGCAGAACCCUUCAAAACUAGUCAACGAAGAAAGCGGAUUACAGUGCUGAUUCCUCUCACAUGGACCUUGGCUAUUCUGGUGGCUGUUAUUUGUCUCAUAUAUGUGAAGGACUCACCCGUGCAUGUGAGAUGUAAAGGAUCACAGAGAGAGACAUCAUCCUCCUAUGACACCUUUGGACUUUACAUGCUCCCGCUGUGGGCAGCUUGCUUUGGUUUAAUCAUUGGAUUCUACGCUCGCAUAUUUAUCCUAGUGAGAUCGCACAAUCGCAAAAUAUUUGACAAAGGUAUUUUUCCACUCUCUAAAAAACACAAAACAGAAGAUAAACAGAAGAAAGAAGAAACCACAGUUGUGGAAAAUGGAAAGUCUGAGCAAAACCAAACCCCAAGCAAAACUGUUGGUCAGGUGGAGCUGGUGACACAAACUGAGCCAAAUUCAACAAAGAAAGAUUCUUCAACAGUUCUAAUGACUUCAACAAAAGCUGCACAAUGUGUCUCCAGUUCAGAGAAUAAGAAAGAAUUAAGAAAUACAGUGGAGAUAACUGACUUGGAAACGGAACAACCUAGCCCUCCUGAAAUGCAGGUUGCAGUGCAAACUGUCGACAUUCCUUUUAAAACAGAGCAGUCAAAACCCUGUCGCACAAGAGUUGAAGCAAACCCAUCAAAUGGAAGCGCUGCUGUCAGUGUUCAGAGCCCAACAACAGAGCCAAAGAAGGUGUCAAGCAAUUCCGAAACAGAAAGCCAGUCGAAAGAGAAAGUGAAAAUUGACAAAGCACCCUCUGAAAUUAAAGAAACCAGAUCUCAUGCUUCUUCUUCUGCACAGUUAGAAGAUCCUGAAUCUACUUCUGUUUUAUUGAUUGAACCGAAACAAACUAACAACAUCAAUGGAGGAAAAACACUGGCUGUUACCACAGUAGAACAAGUGUCUUCAUUACCUCCAGUCUCAAGCAAUUCUCCUGAAACAGAAGCUCCGAAACAUUAUGCCGAGGUAGAAGGUGCUGUUUGCAUGAUGCCUUCAAAAGCAAGUAAAGAGAGAGCGAACAAAAAGAAGGAGGGUAAAUUGGCUAAGCGUGCUGGCUACAUAAUUGUAACAUUCCUCUUAUUCUGGCUACCAUUGAUCACAACUAUCCUGGUGAAUUUUGUGAUUCACAAAAACAAGAAUACACAGAUAAAGAUCAUUCAGGACGUGGAGAUCCUGUCAGUGUCUGUUGCCUGCAUCACCUCACUGAGCGACCCAAUAAUAUAUGCUGCAGUGAACCCUCAGUUUCGGACAGAGUUAUACAGGCUGAAAAAUAAGGUUAAAUCCACUUUCAGUAAGAAAUGAUCAUAUUUCCACUUCUGUCUGCUUCUGUCUACUAGACCAAAUGACCAUAUUCAAUAUUCCUCAUGUAACUGAAUAUUACAAUGGUUAACAUUUGUAUAGCCAUUGUUCAAAUGUUAAGUAAAUUAAACCC